CCCGGCCGCAGCGGGAUGGGCCCGCGGGGCUUCCACCUGAGCCGGCCGGCCUGCGCGGGGCUGGCCCUGCUGCUGGCCGCCCUGCUGCUGGCGCUGAGCGUGCUGGCCGCCCUGUACGGGCGCUGCCGCCCGGCCCCGCCGCCCGGCCCGGCCCCCCGGGCCCGGACGGGGCGGCCGGCGGGGCCCUGGGACCGGGCGCGGCUGCCCGGCCGCCUGCGGCCCCGCCACUACGAGCUGGAGCUGUGGCCCCGGCUGCUGCCCGGCGGGGCCGAGCCGGGGCCCUUCACCGGCCGGGUGGCCAUCACGGCGCGCUGCCUGGAGGAGACGGCCACCGUGCUCCUGCACGGCAGCCGGCUGGGCUGCCAGGGCGCCGCCGUCCGGGGCCCCCUCCCCGCCGGGCGGGGCGGCGGGGAGCCCCCGGCCGUGCGGCUGACGGGCUGGUGGCAGCCGGAGGACACCGAGUUCCUGGUGCUGGAGCUGGGGGAGGCCCUGCAGGCCGGCCGCCUCUACCUGCUGCAGCUCAACUUCUCCGGAUCCCUUCGGAAGCCGGGGGACCUGUCGGGGCUCUUCCUCAACCACUACGAGGACCGGGGCGAGAGCAGGGUUAUGCUUGCCUCCCAAAUGGAGCCUUCAAAAGCGAGGACUGCUUUCCCUUGCUUUGACGAGCCUGCCAUGAAGACCACAUUUAAUAUUACCAUUGUCCAUCACCCGGCUUUUGUGGCCCUCUCCAAUAUGCCCCCUCUGGGUAAAUCUGAAAGGGAAGAUGAAAAUGGAACAACGUGGACUGUUACCACCUUUCACACCACUCCCCUAAUGCCCACUUAUCUAACUGCGUUUGUGGUAUGUGACUUCGACUACGUCAGCAGGACCGAGAGAGGGAAUGAGAUACGAAUUUGGGCUCGGAAAGAUUUGAUUGCCAAAGGGGCCGCAGACUUUGCCUUGAACAUCUCAGGGCCCAUCUUUGGAUUUUUGGAAGACUUAUUAAACGUCAGUUAUCCUCUAUCUAAAACAGAUAUGGUUGCCUUGCCUGAUUUUGGAGCCAGCGCGAUGGAAAACUGGGGUCUGUUAGUUUUUGAUGAGUUAUUGUUGCUGGAGUUGCCAAAUGAAGAAUUCACAGGCAAAAAGAGCAUCAUUUCCCUCAUUGUCUCCCAUGAGAUAGGACAUCAGUGGUUUGGAAACCUAGUGACCAUGAAUUGGUGGAAUGAUAUCUGGCUCAACGAGGGAUUUGCAUCUUAUUUUGAAUGCGUCGGGGCUAAUUAUAUUUUGCCUUCCCUUCAGUUGAAUAAACUUUUUUAUCAUAAUGUUUUAACACACGUGUUUGAAGUAGACAAUGCACUCCUCUCUAGACCUGUCUCCAUGAAAGAAAAAGUUACAGAAACGAUUCAGCUCAACGCUCUCUUUGACGCGAUUAGCUACAGCAAGGGAGCUUCUCUGGUCCGGAUGCUCUCCAGCUUUUUGACUGAGAGACUGUUUAUCAAAGCACUCAAUUCAUACUUGAAAACAUUUUCCUUCUCAAAUGUUCAGCAAGAUGAUCUGUGGAAUCAUUUUCAAAUGGCUGUAGAUGAACAGAACGAAGUUCUCCUGCCAACAUCAGUGAAAGGAAUAAUGGACCCUUGGACGUGCCAGCAUGGAUUACCCAUUAUAACCCUAGAUGUAUCCACUGGCACUGUCAAGCAGGAACCAUUUUAUACUGAAAAGCCCCAAAACCAGUCCAUUCCCAACAACAAGAAUACCUGGAUUGUUCCUAUUUCUUGGAUAAAAAAUGGAACUGUCCAGCCCUUAGUCUGGCUAGAUGAAGGCAGCAAAGUUUUUCCUGAAAUGCAGACAACAGAUUCAGAACAUGACUGGGUGAUUUUGAAUCUGGACAUGACUGGAUACUACAGAGUUAAUUAUGAUCAAUUAGGAUGGAAGAAAUUGGCUCUGCUCUUGGAAAAAAAUCCAAAGGCUAUUUCAGUUAUUCAAAGGUUACAGUUACUGGAGGAUGCCUUUACACUGAGUAGAGCCAAUUACAUCGAGAUUGAAACUGCACUCGAAUUAACCAAGUACCUUGCCAGUGAAGAAGAUGUGGUGGUGUGGCAUUCAACUCUGCUGUUCCUGGUAAACAGUGAUUUUGAAAACCUUCAGAAAAGCUAUGAUCUCUAUCCAUUAUUAGAGAAAUAUAUUCUGAAAAGACUUGCGCCUGUAUUCCACGUGUUUUCAGGUUACGUUAGUGACAAUAUCACAGCAAUACAAGAUGACAUUUUUAGUCUACUGUCACUACAAAAAGUCUUUGAAAUAGCAUGUUGGUUGGGCCUCGAAGAUUGUCUACAACUGUCAAGGGAAUUUUUCACCAAGUGGAUGAACUCCCCUGAGAAAAGCAAGAUAUUUUUUCCCAUUAGUACUCCCAUAUUCUGUCAUGGUAUUGCCAUGGGAAACUAUAGACAUUGGGAGUUUUUGUGGAAUAUGUAUACUAGCAGUACAAUGGAAGAAGAACAAAAUCUACUACUCUCUGCCCUGAGCUGCAGUAGAGAACCCUGGAUACUUAACAGGUAUCUCCAUUAUUCACUCAAUCAGUCUUUGAUCGAAACAAACGAAACAAAUAUAAUUGAGCUCGUAGCAGCAACCGAAGUUGGAUGGCACAUAGCAAAGGAAUUUCUACUCACCAAUUGGAAAGCUGUAAAUGAGAGGUACGGAGAGGAUAUUUCGUUACAGAUGCUAACACAAAUUCUGGGCAGACAUAUACAUUCCUAUUCACAGAUCCUAGAGUUGCAGCGUCUUUUCGCUUGUAUACUCAAAGAGGAUCAGAAAACUCUAACGGAAGAGAAAUUGCAAAUAAUAAGAAAUACGAACGUGAACAAUAAGAAGAGGAAAACCAGACUUGCUAAUUGGUUAAAGAAAAAUAUAUCCGAUUGACUUUCUACGGUGUCUAUCCUUGUUCCAGGCCAGAUUGAAAGCCGCCACUGGACUGUAAAACUCCUCAAGGACAGGGAUAGUGUCUACUUAUUCUUCUGUGCUCCUCCAAGCACUUAAUAUGUUGUUCGGCACACAGUAAGCACUCAAUAAAUAGCCUUGAUUGAUUGAUUGCUUGGCACAUGGUAAGUGCUUCAUAAAAACCAUCAUUAAAUAGCAAUUAUACUAAAAACAAUUUAAUUUUUAAAGUAAUAUUCUGUAUUUCUUGUAAUUUCCACUCUGUUUAUAGAUAAUUAUGUAGAUUAACCACUUCGGCUCUCUAGACCAUAAAUCAAAUAAAAUCAUAUCAUGGCACAGAGGGCUCA